GGCCAUCAUUGCGGUAUAUGGCUUUUAAUUGUCUUUUUUGUUUUGUUUUAUUGGAAUUUUUUCAAAGGAACUUAGCGAAGUGAAGAGGAAGAAUGCUGCUCUUCAGAUGCAACAGUUUGUUGGGGAAGAAAAAAAUGAUCUACUGGAUUACUUGAGAUCUCUUCAACCUGAACAGGUAGCUGAGCUAUCAGAAUCGACAUCCUCUGAACUUAAGAAUACCAUCCACUCUGUUGUCCACGGUCUUCUAGCUACUCUUUCACCGAAGAUGCAUUCAAAAGCUUCUACAAUGUCCGAGAACACAACUUCUGGAACUGCAAAUGGUGGGAUUGAGGAUCGUACUGAAUUUGUUGAGAAUGCUUCACUACAAUUUCAGCCUGUUAUUUCAUUAACUCGGGACUAUCUGGCCCGUCUGCUCUUUUGGUGCAUGCUGUUGGGACACUAUCUUAGAGGCCUUGAGUACAGGAUGGAGUUGAUGGAACUGCUCUCCCUGAGUGAUGAUAGCUGAGAAUGAUUGACCGGGAAGUGAGUUAAUUGCUUGAAUCCUGAUCUAGUUUCGUUGGUGCCUUCUGUAUAUAGACAUGUUGAGGUUCUCUGCGACCUAUCUUUUCAACAUCAAGAGGUUAGAGCAUGGAAGCAAGUGCCGUGUUGUUUCUGCUUGGAGCUAGAGUAAUCCUAUCUUAUUUUUUCUGCUAAAUUGCCACUUCGUGCAUCUGCUCUUGUUGCUGGACCUUUGGGGAAACGAAGCGGAACUAUUGUCGCCAGGUUGAAUACAUCAUGGAUUUUGGAAAUUCUGAGACUGCGGCAGACCGAGGUACAGGAUGUAGACGUGAUGUCUUAACAUCAAACUGUCAUUUAUGAUCUUGAUCCAGUAAUAAAGGGUUAAUAAAAUUAUGAAUAAAUUUCUAGUUUUGUGAAUCCUUUUUAAUUUU